AUGGAUUUCGUCAAGAAGGCCGCCGAGGGCAUCAAGGGCAACUCUGGUGAGAAGAAGGACCAGGCUGCACAGGGCCAGGGUGGCGAGCAGCAGGACUACGUCGACAAGGCCUUUGGCAUGGCGGCGAGCAAGAGCGGCCACAACAUCGACCGCAACACCCAGGAGAAGAUCACCGACGCCGGUCGGUCCGCCUACGAAAAGGCCACUGGGUAG